CAGUGUACGACUUUUACCAUGAGGUAGACUACGAGGCUUAAUGUAAGACGUAAGACUGUCUCUAAUAACAAUGGAAGAAUCUACCAAUGCGGAUCAGGAAGCUCUGCAAAGGAAACUUGACUUAUACCUAAACGAACUGCGUCUGCUGGCCAAACCUCUGUCUGCUGAGCUAAGGCAGAAAAUUAGCGACGAGCUGCUGGCCCGGUUGGCACUUUCCUUGCUGAAUGAGACAGUUUUCGCCAUAGUCAAUGGCCUGAUGGAAAUACAGCAUGUCACCGAGUCACAGCUCGAGCAGCAGCGAAUGGCCCUCACCAAGCAGCAUCGAUUUGAGAAAUCAAGACUUGCUGAAGCAUUAAAGAAAUCUAGUGAAAGCAGUGAAAUCAAGAAAAGGCGAACGGAUGAACUGGAGCGAAGUCAUACUGAAGCGCUCAAAGAGCUUGACAUCUCUAUCCUUGGGCAGUUCGACCAUAAGGUUGCUGACCAGCAGUGCACCUUGGAAUUGGCAGGGGUGCCGGGGUUUUUCGUGACAACCAAUCCAGUUGAUGUUCAGGCCCAGAUGCACCUCUUGGACUUCAUUAUCCAACUAAGUGUGCUCAAACCAAAUUCAACAGUCUGAUAAUGUAUUUUAAUUGCAUGACAAAUUUCUGUACAAAAUACAAAUAAAAAACUAUAUCUAUGGA